CCACCCUUAAACCUCAUCAAAGACGAAGAGGAAGCAUUUCCCUCUCUGUGUGUUUGAGCACACACACGCUUCCUGUAGAAACAAGCGAACUCAUUCUACGAUCCAGAGCGGGUGAUCUAAAACCAUCAAGAUGUUUUUGACGAGAUCGGAGUACGACAGAGGAGUAAACACCUUUUCUCCAGAGGGACGACUGUUCCAAGUGGAAUAUGCUAUUGAGGCGAUUAAGCUGGGCUCCACAGCCAUUGGCAUCCAGACCUCUGAGGGGGUGUGUCUGGCCGUGGAGAAGAGGAUAACAUCUCCUCUAAUGGAGCCAAGCAGCAUCGAGAAGAUUGUGGAGAUCGACACCCACAUCGGUUGUGCUAUGAGUGGCUUGAUAGCUGAUGCCAAGACUCUUAUCGACAAAGCAAGAGUGGAGACACAGAACCACUGGUUCACCUACAACGAGACCAUGACAGUGGAGAGUGUGACCCAGGCCGUGUCUAACCUGGCCCUGCAGUUUGGAGAGGAGGAUGCAGACCCUGGAGCCAUGAGCCGGCCCUUUGGUGUAGCGCUUCUCUUUGGUGGACUGGAUGAGAAAGGGCCCCAGCUGUACCACAUGGACCCAUCAGGCACCUUUGUCCAGUGUGAUGCCCGGGCCAUCGGCUCUGCCUCUGAGGGAGCCCAGAGCUCUCUGCAGGAGGUCUACCACAAGGUACCACCACCCCUCUCUCGGGCAUCAUCUCCCUUUCCUCUCUUACUAUCAUUAUUAUCAUCUGCCAACCUUCUCCUCCAUUACCCGCCAACCUUUUCCUUCAUUACUUCCUCCAUCACCCGCCAACCUUCUCCUUCAUUACUUCCUCCAUCACCCGCCAACCUUCUCCUUCAUUACUUCCUCCAUCACCCACCACAACUCCACCAGAUUGUCAGUUGGUUUCAUUCUCCAUCCUAUUACAGGGGUGACAACCUUAUUUUAUUUAUUAACCAAGACCUCUGUUUUCUCUCUGGGUGGCCUCUCCAGUCCAUGACGUUAAAAGAGGCCAUCAAGUCAUCCCUCACCAUCCUAAAGCAGGUGAUGGAGGAGAAGCUGAAUGCCACCAACAUUGAGCUGGCUACAAUAGAGCCAGGCAAGACCUUCCACAUGUAUUCCAAAGAAGAGCUGGAGGAUGUUAUCAAGGACAUCUAGAGAAGAGUGGUGCUCUGUGGACCUUGUCAGCACUGAGGAGAGAGAAUCCACCUGGGCUCUGAGGAUCACAACACAUUUCCCAUCAGCACUCGCUAGUUUCAUUGGUUCCUUUUGUGGGAGGCAAUUCUUUGUAAUGUGUUAUAUUUUUUUCUUAUUUUGGCUCUGGAAAUGGGGGGGCAGGUAGCCUAGUGGUUAAGAAUGUUGGGCCAGUAACUGGAAGGUCGCUGGUUCGAAUCCCUGAGCAGACUAGGUGAAACAUCAAUUGAUGUGCCCUUGAGCAAGGCACUUUAACCCUAAUUGCUCUCAUAAAUUGCUCUGAGCGUUUGCUACAUGACUAAAAUAAUUUCUACAGUUCUGUACAGGCAUCGGUCAGAUCAGUGCUUAGAGCUGUGACAUUAAAAAAGGGGGGUACUUUUUGUUAUGGAUCAAUGCCUAAAUAAAACUGUUGUAUUCUAAAA